AAAUAUUGUUUUCUUUUCUGUUUUCUCACUCACGAAGUAGGUCAAAACUCUUUUGGACCAACAUCACAUGCUGGAGGGAUUGAUGUUUACCAAAUCAUAAAAAUACAUACUAGAAACUAUGUAGAAAGUUUCACUUUUAUUUCAGUGUGUAUAUUGUGCGAGGGAAUCGACCGUGUCACUUCAGUUUCAGGUGAGAGAGAGUACGAGCCUGUUGAUUCUGCUUUUGAUUCGAGAAUAUCGGUAACAAUUCUAUUUCCAACAAAUUGGUGGUGUCUGAUCAUUAGGCAGUCUUUGCUUGCUGCCAGAGAAAGAAGUGAGCUAGCCCUCUCAAAAUGGCUAGUAAACGAGGAGAUAGAAACUCGAAACGGUCAUCGUCGUCGGGUCGGAAGUUUAUUGCCUCUGUGGAUUUCGGUACCACUUCGGUCCGUUGCUUUCUUUUUGAUCCUCAAGGGCGCGUCCGAUCUAGUGCUUCAGUAAAGAUCAAUCAAAUUUAUCCACAACAAGGAUGGAAUGAAAUAGACCCCGAGGAUGUUUGGACAACUUUUCAAACUGUUUUCAAAAAGGCUCUCGAAAAAGUUGACGCCGCUGUAUCUGACGUCAAAGUAUUUGGUUUGUCUACGCAACGCGGUUCAUUUGUUACAUGGGACAAACGGACAGGAAAGCCAUUUCAUAAUUUUAUUACAUGGAAAGACUUGAGAGCUGAUCACCUUGUGAAAUCGUGGAACAAUUCUUGGACCAUUCAAGGCAUCCGUCUGGGCUCGUUCAUUUUGCAUCAAGCCACUCGCAAUAAGCGCUAUUUAGCCGGUAGUGCCUUUAAAUUUAUGAAUGGUUUAGUCAAUCUACGCUUGCGCUGGGUUUUGGAUCAUCACGAAAAUCUGCGCCAAGCAGCAAAGGAUGGCAACGCCCUUUUUGGUACCAUAGAAACGUUCCUUCUCUACCGAUUGACUCGAGGUCGUCUCCACGCAACAGAUUACAGCAAUAUAUGUGUCAGUGGAUUAUGGGAUCCGUACACGUUUCAAUGGGUAGACUGGCUCAUCAACAUGCUGGAAAUUCCCAAAUCUAUGCUUCCAGAAAUCAAAGACUCUUGCGGUGACCAUUGGGGUUCCAUCCAUCAAAGUAUUUUCGGUGCCGAAAUUCCGAUUCGCUGCGUUGUGUCGGAUCAAGGUGCUUCCUUGUUCGGCUCGCUCUGCUUCAAACCUGGAGAUGUCCGCUUGACAAUGGGUACCGGAUCGUUCGUCUCGUACAACACGGGCGAAAAACCACACGCCUCCAUCUCUGGUCUCUACCCGGUAGUAGGUUGGAAGAUUGGUGAUGAAGUGGUGUUUAUCGCAGAGGGUCAUUCCAGUGACACAGCCACAGUAAUCGAAUGGUGCCGAGACAUUGAUCUCUUUGAAGAGUAUGACGACAUUGAUAAACUCAUUACGUCCAUCCCAAACAGUGACGACGUUUUCUUUGUCCCAGCUUUUAGUGGAAUCCAAGCACCCAUCAAUGAUGAAUCUGCCGCCACUGGCUAUAUUGGAAUUAAACCGUCCACCCGUAAAGUCCACCUCUUGAGGGCAGCUGUAGAAUCUUUAGCUUUCCGGGUCUACCAAAUGUGUCAACUGAUGUAUCAAGAAACGGGUGUAGUUGUAACGAAGAUGCGCGUCGACGGUGGUGUCUGUCGCAAUGAUUUUCUCAUGCAGCUCAUCUCCGAUCUCACUAUGGUCACCAUCGAUCGUCCAACGUUUAUUGAAACGGCAUCUCAUGGCGCUGCAAUGAUGGCAGGACUCUCUUUCGGGAUAUGGAAGUCGAGGAGUGAGCUGGAGGCAAUGCGGCAGACGGAGCGUGUCUUCUUCCCUGUUGAAAAUCGAUGGUUGGAUUAUGCCCCCCUUUACAGUUCUUGGAAAAAUGCCGUCCGAAGACUUUGUAAUUGGUAUUAGGUGGAUACCGGAGAAGAAUAAAGAUUAAUCAAAUGUUACCAUACAAUUUUUCUAAUUGUGCUGAAUGACUAGCUGGUCAGAAAUGGUAUCCGGUGCUCUCCCUUCAGACCAAAAUCCCCUUUUUUUUUUUUAGUUUGCCUCAUUGAUUUCCUCUCGAGCGUUUCCUCGUUAGAAAAAAAAAAUUAAUUUUAAAAUUUUUUAUUUUAUGUUAACUGUGUAAGGGGACUUUAACUAUGCCUUUCUUUUUCCUGUUUUUUUUUUACGUUUCAUCACACAAAACGAAUAUACUCGGGAAUCCACCGCAUAAAACGCAACUUUCUAUCAUAAAGUUUUCCUGGCCUUCUUUUAUCAUGGAUGUUGAAAUGCAUAAAAUUGUUUAUUUUUAUAUUAUUACACAAGUGAUAAACGCAUACUGCGCACGUA